AUGAAACGGCCUGGUGAAGUGCUCGUACGAGGAGACGAGGUGGGAGAAGACUUGGGGAAGCGUCAGCGACAGGAGGAAGACAGCGAGGGUUCAGCGGAAAGUCUUGGCAGCGGCAACGACGGCGACGUCGGACCGCAGUAUCCGAACAGUAACACCACCACAAUCCAGACGCCGGAGAAGGACUCUUUCCACCAUCCUCCACCAGAAAUAGUCGUAGUCGACGAUUCUGAUAUUGGAAGAACUGUUCGUCCUGAUGCCGAUGAGCACCCCAGCGAUGGCCUCUUCAUCCCUUCUCCCGGAGCCGGUAGUACGAACGCCGCCUCUUCGCUCAGAAGCACUCCGAUCGCUGAGGAUUCAGCAAACUUGGUUUGCUAUGGAAUGGUGCUACAGAUCAAGUGCCAGCGUCUCUCUGGGGCAGCACAACCCAGCGAGCCAAGCCCUGCUGAUAACGAGCAUGAGUCUGACUACAUGCCCCUUGAGCUGGUUGUGAAGCGCGGAAGGCUAGUCGUUGGCCCACCUUCUUGUCCAGAGCUGGCUCAUAUGAACUCAAAAGCUACGUUCGUGCUGCUGGAAGCUCUCAAGUACGGCAUUAAACUUCAACUCUGGGUAAAACGCAACGAUCUACAUCCAGCACACCCGGAGGAGUCUACACAGAAACAACCCGAGCUUCUGUAUGUGGACGCCAACGUCCUCGGCCCAGAGGAUGCCAGUGAAGAUGUAGGCCGACUUCUUUCAAAACAUGGCGUCUACUUACAGGAUCCCCACUGUCCAGACAACGCCAUGGAGUACACAAAUCCCCAUUUGAUGGUUCUAGAUGUCGAACAGAUCGAUAUCUGGUUUCAGGAGCUUGCGAUGGACUCUACUGGCGGGACUAGUAAAGCGAAAGACAAUACGGACUGGAACGUCGUGCUCGAUGACCUACCUCAGCAGCGCACUUUCAACGCGAAUGCAGUUGAAGUAGAUACGGCGAUCGUUACUACCCCAGCUUUGCCGCACCAAGGAGAGGCGCUCGAUUUCAUGUGCAAACGAGAACUCGGCGGCGUCCUCAUGGACAAUGAGCUGAAGUAUUGGCAGCUGGACAGGAACGAGGACGGUGUACCAGUAUAUCGCCACACCGUCACGGCAGACGAACAGUAUUCACAGCAACCUGAGCCACACAGCGGCAUUCUGGCCGACGAUAUGGGACUUGGGAAAACAUUAACUAGCAUAUCACUGAUUGCUUGCUCUCUGGACCGGGCCAGUCACUUCGCGAAUGAGACUCUGAGCCACACUGAUCGUGAAAAUGGGGCGCGCUCGAGAAGUCGAGCUACGUUGGUUGUGGUUCCAUCUACCCAGCUGAUGGACUCUUGGACAGACGAGCUCAAUACGCAUACAUCGCCAGGUACCUUGAGAAUCUCGAGAUACCACAGCCACAAUCGAGUCCAUGAUUUCUCGGAUCUGUUAGACUACGACAUUGUACUCACCACUUACGGAACAAUUGCCACUGAGCAUCGGAAAACCAGACGACGCGUGCUGUAUUAUAUGAGAUUCUUCCGAAUCAUCUUAGACGAAGCUCACACAAUCCGAUCACGCCGUACAAAGCUCUUCCAAGCCGUCACGGCGCUCGAUGCCGCCCACCACUGGUGCCUCACAGGAACACCCAUCUCCAACAAAGUAGACGACCUUGGAGCACUUCUGGACUUUUGCAGGGUACCUCUCCUUGGUGAGAGCAAGCUGUUCCAGCAACAUGUUGCUGCGAUCACAAGAAAGUCGGUGAGACGAGGCUACGGCAUCUUGCGGGAGACAUUGAAGCCUUUAUGUCUUCGACGAACCAGAGCUCUGCUGAACAUUGCUCAGCCGACGUGUUUAGAGAGAAAAAUCGAGUUCUCGAAGGCUGAAUACAGACAGUACAAGCGGAUCAUGAAGAGGAGCCGGAAAGCAAUUGACGAUGCUGUCAGCGGACGCACUGGCACCAACUCGCGCCAGACGAUGCUGGAGGUGCUCCUCAAGCUUCGCAUAUUCUGCAACCAGGGUACCUUCACCCCUGAACAGACGGACGAGACCAACCACGGACUCGAUGCAGACGAGCAGCUCACUCUGCUCGAGGAGCAAGAGUCAGCUUUUUGCGACGUCGACACUUGCUCGUCGGUGAUUGCGAUGCUGAAUCAAUUGGAAGAUCCAACGUCGGGCGUGCUCGGACAUUGCUCUCAUGUGUUGUGUCGAACUUGCUACGAUGACCUCUUUCAGGACACCGAACACUCGCUCCGUUACGAAUGUCCCGUGUGCGAAAAGCCUACGGAGCUCGAGCAACUACAGGUCAGCAGUGGACUCGGAAAUGGAGCAGGGGCUUCUUCACAAAACUCAAGCAAAUUGAAUGCUUUGACAGAAGAUCUUCUGCAGUCGCAAAAUUCUGAGUCGCCGGAGAAGAGCAUCGUCUUCUCGGUAUGGAUAAAAACGCUCAACAUUGCGGCCAACCUGUGCCGUCAAAGAGGCAUUCGCUUUGUGCAAAUUGACGGCACGACUCCGCAGUCUGAACGAUCUGGCAUCCUUCAUAAGUUCACACACGACAAAUCCAUUUCCACCUUGCUGAUGACCAUGGGAACUGGUGCAUUGGGCCUCAACAUCACAGCCGCCUCUCGCAUCCACAUCCUCGAACCGCAAUGGAACCCUGCCGUCGAAGACCAGGCGGUUGGUCGUGCAGUCCGUCUUGGACAAUUGAAGGACGCCACUGUUAUCCGCUACAUCGUCGAGAAUAGUGUAGAGAAGCAAAUCCAAGGCUACCAGAAGCGCAAGAUGAGGCUUGCUGCUGGAGGCUUUGAGCACCGCAACGAAAAUACCGUGGCUGAGGAGAGCGUCCGCUUGAAUGCUGCCUUCCUCGCUCAGGCUUGA